AGUUCGCGGGUUAGCAUCCGUAGCGGAUUUUUGACCUUAAAAUGCGAUUUGUACUUUUUGCGUGUUUUCUCUAGAUAAGUUAUGCGGUGUGUAACAUUUGUUCAACAAGUCCACAUAUAUCGUAUUAGCCAGUGGUUUAACGUUCAAUUGCGUAUUUCGUGUUGCUUCGACUGGAAAGUACAACCAACCAACCACCGAACUGAACAGACGAAGAGAAGAAGAAAAAUGUCGCUUCUGUGCGCGGUUGAGCGAAUCAUUAAGGCCUGUAAAGUUGAACAGGCACAACUUAAUGAGAACAUUCAACACUUCAGAGAAAUUUUACAGAGCUUAACGUCACAACUCAAGGCAGAGUCUGAAGAGUCAGAAAGAGCAGAAGCUGCUGCAGAUGCAGACGCUUCACCUGGAGAGAAGGAAGAUAUAGAUCUGCUUGAGCGAGCGCUGGAAAAAGCCCUUCGGGUCCGCACUGGCUCCGAACCCUCUAAAGACAACUUCUGCAGAAGCAACAUAUCUGGUGCUCAAAGUGAAACGAGCCCAACCACAGAUGUAUUGAUUUCAUCUGCAGUGGCUAAUAGAGCAUCUGCCUCUCCUGAUCCGAUCACGCUCGUGAACAAGAAGACAGCCAGAAGCAAUGUGGCAAGAAGUGAUGACAUGAGGAGAGCUGCAGCUGUCUCUGUGCCGCCUUCAAAUAACACAGAUGGGCUUGGUUCGAGCAGUUUGCUUCAGCAAAAUGUGCUAAAGUCUGAAGAAACAACUAAAUGGAAAUAUUUAAGGAGCAAGCAAAAUGGGCUGUGGGACAAAGUCAUAUCCCUGCAGAGGAAACCUGUUCCUGGGAGGAGUCACUUUAUGGAGAGAAUGAGAGCCACGUUUCCCAGUGACUGGCCACGUGGUAGUCCAGAUCAGACCAGGGCUCUGCUGGACAGACUGACAGAACAAGGGCUCACCCUUGCCCAGCGCUGCCAGGCUGAAGAGGUUCUAGCCAAGCAGGCAUCAGCAGUGGAGACAGAGCUGGGUGAUAAGAUCUACUCUGAUUCCUGUCCGACACUUGAAAGGUUGCAGCAAACAGCAGCAGAGCUCCAGAUCUUUGCAGACCAAGUGAAAAAAGAGUGGAAAGCAUGGGAUCGAUGGAGGCCCGAGGGAGGUUGUCUUUGCCCCACUGGAGCAAAUUGUGUGUUGGGAGAUGGGAUGGUGUCACCCCUGCCCCUGACUAUAUCCUACAGAACAGAAGAUGAGCUACAAGAGUUGGAGAGGCUGCGGAUGAGGGUGGCACAGCUGCAGCAAGAGAUUCAGCUUGAGCAGGUUCUGUUGGACACACUCUCUUCUCAGUUUUCAUCCAUAGUAUCUGGACCCACAUGUCCCAGUCCCAGUGUACUAAGAGACAUGUACUCCCUGCUUGGUGAAGGAGGGGAGCGUUUCCCUGCUAUAGUCCUGGACUCAGCCUGAUU